AAUUCUCCAAGUAGGUCAGGUUUUAUCCGUAUAUUUCAUAACAUUUCCACAAAAUGACAUUUAGUUUUGGUCUACUACUCAAUUGUGGUGAAAUGUUGCGAUUUAUAUUUUUAAUUGCCCAGCUAAGCUGUUACUUCUUAAUCUGCCAUGCAGACGACAAUGGAGUCGAUACCUUAUCCCUUGUGCCAAAAAUAUCCCCCACAUCAUCGCGUUCCCUUCUUCAGCCAUAUGUGAAUACGUAUUGCAACAAGAAUUUCCCACCAGGUUACGUUUACUAUGGCUGCUGUUCGGAAGAGCACCCCAAAUCGCAUUGUUUCCUGAACGAUUAUGACAGUCGAGAUGCAUUUUGCGAGACACAAAAUUUGCAUGCCAAUCGAUUUAGUUACACGUGUAUAAAAUCUCUAUCGGAUUUUAACUGCACGAUACCGAAGGGGCAAUGCUACUGUUGCUCACGUGAUGCCCCCACUGUGCCAGGAAACAGACCUACUCGUCCACCACAAUCGGCUAAUCUGACAGAUCCAUCAUUUUGCGGAAACAUCACGACAAACCACUUUUUCGGCGGGAAUUACACCUUGGCACACAUCAUGGAACAAACGAUUUGGGAAAUUCCCCUAUUUGAGUCACUGUCUUACGCCAUGAAAGAAGGCACAAAGUUCAUUAACGUGAUGAAUCCCAACUGUCUCGUGACCAUUUGUCACAUCGGGGAAAGCGCAUUUUCCGGGGAGUGUCUCCACUUUACCCAAGAUGGACGAAAUAAUUACACGACGGAUAGAAAUUUCUCCACAGUUUCGAUAAGUUGCGGCUGCAUGAAUGGACCACUUAAUAAUAAUGGCUGCACAAAACCGGGAGAUAUCCUACAAAAUGAUGUGUCGUGUCAACCGCAAAAUUUGGAUACUGACACGUGUGCCGUACUUUAUCAGGAAAACGGUUGCCAAUCCUGUCAUUUUGACGCCAUUCGUCUUACCGAUAAACGUCCGUCCUUUAAGCCGAGUAAUUUCGCCGUAAUUCGAUCUCUUCGUGUCAAUUCUGGUUGCAGCGUGCGUGCAUCGGCUGCCCAAGAUUUUAUCGAGUUUACUGAGACGACGUCAAUCGUGUCAGAAUUUUUUGUCCGAAACAUAACGAAUGACGAGGUGUACUUGCAAUUUAACACUUUCGACUGCAUCUGCGGACCCAAGACUAUUGAUGGCGGGGUUUCGUUUUCUGGGGGGACUAUCACUGGAAUUGUGGUCGGCUUAAUUGCACUGGUCGCUGCAGCGGUAGGAUUGACUUAUUUCGUGAAGGGAAGGAAAUACAAGGUCAGCUUCACGGUGGAAGAGACUGAGCAACUUAGGAAUGAACUAUUUAAUGGAGGAGGGGAGGUAACGACUUGUGCACAAGCAGGACCGGAAGUGGAUUUAGUAAACUCAAUCACCAUCAGUACUAACAACAAUGGACUAAAUGAGGAAUAUUCUGUUAAGAAGCAGAACAUUGAAGUUUUCAAAGAUAUUUUACUUGGACGCGGAAACUAUGGCGUCAUCUACAAAGGCAUCAUUACUUCGGAAUCAGAUCAGCAGAAGGUGCACUGCGCCAUAAAAACUGUGGAUGAAUUAACUGCCAGAAUUGAUGAUUUAAAAUUACUCAUGAACGAAAUUAGAAUAAUGUCGUGUGUCGGUCGACACGAAAAUGUGGUCGAGUUUUUGGGAUUUUAUUGUAAUUUCCAUCCCAAAAAAUGGGAAUUUCUCUGCCUGAUGGAGCUUUGCGAGGGAAAUUUGCACAGCUAUCUUCUUCAGGCUCGGAAUUACCAAAAGACUUCGAAUUACUCAAUUAAUACUCAAUUGAAAAAAGAGGGAUAUGUUUUUUACGAAGACACCUCAUCAAUUGAAGCACUAAGUUCAGAUCCACACUCUCUUCCUCAGCUGGACGUACCGCCCGUCACAAUUACGGAGAAAGAGAUUCGAAAAUGGUCAGCCGAAAUUGCAAAUGGGAUGGAUUAUUUGACGAUGAAAAAUUUGCUACAUGUUGACCUUGCAACUCGCAAUGUACUGCUUUCGACGAAUCUAACGGCUAAAAUCAGUGAUUUUGGAUUGUCCAAGAAGCUAUAUGACGCCUUGUAUUACAAAAAAGUUCAUGGAGGUCAUAUUUGGAUUCCCAUGAAGUGGAGUAGCUUCGAGUCCCUGAUGGGGCUGAAAUUCUCCAAAGAAUCUGAUAUCUGGUCUUACGGGGUGACCAUUUGGGAAAUAUUUAGCUUUGGUGAAGAGCCGUAUCCGGAUAUGGGCGAAAUGGUGGACCUUAUCAGAUUCCUUAAUAGCGGACAAAGACUCCCAUGUCCGUCAUCUUGCGACGAUGAAACUUAUGCUCUGAUGAAACAAUGCUGGGAAAUGGAUCCGACAAAAAGACCCAAUUUCUACGAGAUAGGAAUGUUCUUUAAAAACUAAGAUUGCAAUAUACCAGAGGUUGAUCAGAGAAGUAUAGUAUAUUUAUCAGGUUAAAAUUACUAAUUUGAAAUUAUAAAAUUCAUAAAUAACGGAUGUAUCUGUCGAAUCAGUUUCUUGUUACUCCAUUCUAUAUACAUAUUUACGUAAACAAGAAAAUAUAUGAAAUGAGACUUAUA